GAGUGAUUGACGCCCUAAUGAGGUGUUUGACAGCACCUGGGCACAGACUCGGUAACGCCGAUACAGGUGAAAAUGAACUCGGAAAGUACAAUUUCGGUGUCUAAAGCGGGAUUUGUGCAAGCUAUCUGAAAAAGCUUCAACCAAAUCUGGGCACCCAUGGGUUCAUCUCAGCAGACUGCCCAAGCUGACCAUCAGAUGGAGCAGGAUGUGAACCGCAGGGAAGAGCAUGGGAGUGUGUGCAGCUGCAGUGGCGCUGGGAUGCAAGCGUGUGAGUCUCCAUCCCGUUUCUACGAGGGACUCCUCAGUGCCAGCCGGACAUCCACCACCCCGGUCCCUCUGGCCGCUGCCCUCGCUCUGUGCCCUGGGUUGGAAGGCGAUGUGGUCAAACAGGGAUACCUGGGGAAGCUGGAGCGGAACCAGAGGAGAUACUUUGUCCUAAGAACAGGAAGUCACACCGGGCCCAGCCGACUGGAGUGGUUCAAGACUCAGGAGAAGUUCAAAACAGUGGAGAAAAUGGAUGGCAAAACCUCACUGUUUGGGUCAAGGAAGCAAAGCGAUCAGGUGAUUUACUUGCGGUGCUGCCUCGGCGUGAGAAGGAUUGCCAAUUCCAGGAAAGGCCACAUAGUGGCACUCUAUGCCAAGGACCGCACUAUGGUUCUGGUAGCAGAGGACCAAGAGGAACAAGAAGAAUGGUAUGUGGCCAUCAAGAAAAUAAUUGAGGAAGAGAGGAAAUAUGAAGAAGGGCUUGAUGAAGAGGAUGAUGGAUAUUGCACCCUGUCUCCAGUCGCUGUCUUCAAAGAGGUUUGGCCCGUCACUGUGAAGCCUAGAGGUCUGGGACGUACAAAGUCCCUGGCAGGGGAAACCCGACUCUGCCUCUCGGCGACCUCACUCGUCUUGGUGAGAGUGGGUGCAGAUGAUGAACUACCAUCGGUUACAGUGCCUUUGCUUAGCGUGCGACGCUUUGGUCACUCAGAAAGCUUGUUCUACCUGGAGCUUGGUCGGUCAGCACCAACCGGGCCUGGAGAGAUCUGGAUGGAUGCAGGGGACCAUGGUGACACAACUUUGGCUCAGCACAUGCAUGACACAUUGCGGGAGAUGAUGAGGGCGCUGCGAGCCCUGCCAGACUUUAGACAGUCACCAGCCUCUAACUACAACCAUCAGAACCAGACUCGAGCUCUGCUGGCCUCAAAACGUGGCAGACCCAAGUACAAAGACAAAGUGGGGCCUGUGCGACCGCUUGCUUCACCCCUGUCCUCACCUUCAAGGAACCCUGGUCAGCAUGAGAUCCCAGCGAGUGUGACACAGCUUUACCUUGAGCCACGCGCACCAGAGAAAAUAGAGCCUGCACCUGCUCUCAGAUUCAACUCAAAUCCCACAUCCUUCAGGUCUCGGCAGAGCUCCAUGUCUGACACUGGCAGCUACAUGGAAAUGAUGGUCCACAGUCAUCUUCCAGCGGACAAAGUGAUGGAAGACCAACAUGGCAGCAUGUCUGCGGUGACAGAAGAACACUGUAGUGUCCCAGCUGGUAGGAUGGAGACCUGGGAGGCAGGUGAGGCACAAGGCUCACCUGGGUACAUGAUGAUGUCACCACAAAAAGGCCACUACUGCUCUGAUUUGCCUCACAGCGACUAUGUGACCAUGGCGAGCCCACCUAUACACACCUGGCCUGCUCGCUCUUCCUACUCCUCCUCCCUCCAGAUGUCAUUCAACAGUUCCACGUCUUACAACUCAUUGCCUCUCCACCAAUCAAACCAGACCGCUGAGUCCAGUCAGAUUGAUUGGUUGGCUUCUGGAGUCCAGCCAUCAGAAUCGGAAACCAACCAAUUAGAGAUGCUGAGCUGCUCUCCUCUGGCUAAGAGUAAUGCAGGGCUGGAAGAGGAAGCAGCCAAUUGCAGACACCUCCAAGAGCAGGUCAUGCCCGCUUCCUAUAUGCUGAAGAUUGUCCUCGCAUCUGGCUUGCCCACUCCAAACCCUAUAAUUGGACCGGGCAGUUCUCAGCCUGUCCAGACAUAUCCAGUCCACCUGAGUACAGACCGAUAUAAUCCAGCACACGCUGUUCCAGACCAGUCUGCUGCUCAGAGAUACUGGCUGUCAUCAUGUUUGCCUUGCUGCCUACAAGCUGAGGACUAAGUCUGACAGCUGAAUAUCUGUUAAUGUUACAUAUCAACCUGAUGAUGCAAUUGUAUGCCAUUUUGUUGACAUGUCUGUCUGAGUGUUACUGUUGUACUGCAUUUGAAAUGGCCAUAUGUGAGAAUGCCAAUGUCCACAAAGAUUAAAAAUGAAUAAAACAAUGUAUGAAUAAAUGAAUUUAAAAAAUCUUUCAUGGAGCA